UCGGUUCAGAGUAUUCAUUAUUAGACCACGUUUUCCUAUUCCUGCAAGAGGAUCUAAUAAGAAAAAGAAACUGUACAUUUUCCGUCACUUUCUCUGGAAAAUGUCAGGAUUUUCCCAGUGAAAUAUUUUCCUAGUUUUUAAUAAUUGCCAGGCAUUCCUUCUUCUCUCUUUCGAUUUCGUCGCCUUUUCGAUUUCAUCCCAUUGCUGUUCGAAGCCCUGCGUCGAGGAUGGGCGUUGACUUUUCGCGGAAAUGGCGAUUCACGUCCGCUACGACCUGCAAGAUUUGAACUUCAGGGGUUAGUUUUGCGAAUUUAUCCAAACCAGGGAUUUGUAUCAACUGGGUGUUUGAUAAAUUUCAGAAAUUGGAAGGGUUUCUGGUUGAAUUUGGAUUGUUUUGGGGUGCGAUUUUGUUGGGUCGGGCUGUGAAUUUGUUGAUGGAUACGGAUGCUAAGGAUGCCAGUACUGCUAAUGGGUGUAAAACUGAGACGAAGUCGGAUACCGGAGACUCUCAGAAAGUUGAGGAAAAUGUUAAUGGAGAUGAAGACAGUGAGUCUAAUUCUUUGUUGCCUCCUCGGAGAGGGGGCAUGUCGAGGAAAACGAAUAAGACUCGGCGAAAAGUGCAGUGGAAUGAUAGGAAUGGGAAUAAGCUUGUUGAGGUCCUGGAAUUCGAACCAAGCGAUGUUAGUGAUUCUGAUGAUGAGGAUGCAGAUUCUUGCAUAUGUACUAUCAUGUAGAUGUCAUUCGGUACACCAUUUAUCAGGAUACGUUUGCUGGGUAAUUUUACUGCCUCUGUUAUAGCACAGUGUGUCAAGGAUGGACCAAAGGUCCUGAGACCAAAGCAUAGUACCAUUUUUGGGUUAGGUUUCCAUGACUGCCGUUAUAACCAGAUGCAAACUGAGUGGUCCAUCUUCCGGGGAUGAAAGCAGACACAGAUGACGGCAAUUUGGCUUCCACAUUAUGUAAUAUAUCAAACACAGUCGAGAAUUAUUUUGUUUUACGAUAUGCAUAAUUUGUACUUUGUAUGUAAUUAGAAUCACAGCAUACUUUGAUAACCAUAUCAUGUUAAAUAAACGUGCUUCGAUUCUGUUUGUUCC